UGAUAGAGUAGCCCUGGGACAUCUCCCGUUGUUAGCUGAGAUGAGGAGCGCUCACUGAAGGCGUCCGAGCGAGAGAGAUAGAGAUAGAGAGAGAAAAGCGCCAUCUGAUGGUGAGAGCUAGAGUCCGACUUGGACACUAAACACUAAACAGAGGACGUUCUAGCCGUACCACAGACAGACCGACGGACAGAACCAGCGUAGCAGUAGCGUCUAGCGUACAGGCCCCCAAAACUAAAGCUGUGUUAGUAGCGUCAUGUUGCUAGAGAACUAACUAUAGCUACACGGUGAGGUAGACAAAAACAUACACACUUUUCUUCAACUCUCUUCCCGGUCCCCUUUGCUGAUCUCCUUUGGCCUUCUUCCUCUAGAUCCUGGACCCAAAAAAAAAACAAUCUACACCAGGCUUCCUAUUCCUAACCUCCUACUCUCUGUUUUAGACCCUUUGUGGGGGUGAUGUUUUAGUAAAUUCAAGUCAACACACACAUACACACCAAAAAGACAGAUACAGACCAGCAAUAGAACGCAAAACCAAACAAACUAACGAACAAAAAAAAACCAACGUCAAUGUUACUAAGGUUAGGUAUCCGGUUCCGCAGCAAAACGGUCCUGCCCCAGUUUGUAGAUAUUCCUUUCGGUUUUUUCUCUGUACAUUUCUAACUCAAUUCUUAGGCUACUAUGUGCUCGUUCCUGCACCGGCGACCGCGUGCGUGCGUGUACUGUUGUUUCCCCCCGGGGGAAGGGGGGGCAAAUAGGUGCGAUCGACAACCAAGGCAGGGUUUUUUGGCUUGAGUAAAAACGUAAAGCAAACCAAAACACUAAACACAACUCCUAUCCACGUUUUAGCCUCGUAGGCGCAGAUGAUUAUAGGCGAACAGGCAGCAGAUAGGCCAGUGAAGAAACACACUCAUAGGGUUAGGGAGCUCGUAGGCAACGCAAAACAAAACAAAAAAAACAGUGGGUUGGGAAGGAGGGAAGGAGAUGGAGUGAUUAGGGAGAGUUGAUCGUGUGUGUGUGUGAGAGAGAGAGAUAAUGAAAGAGGGAGAGAGAGUAUGGGUGAGAGAGAGAGAGAUAGAGUUGAGAACUCGGAGGAUGCGUAUGAAUCUUUCUUUCCUCAUCGCUCUUUCCCUCUCUCUCUCUCUACCUCUCUCUUUCUCGUCUUGUUCUCUCGUUCUCGCUUUCUUUUUCUCUCUCUCAUCCCCCGCUCUCUCUCUCUCUUCACUCUCGCACACUAGCCAGAAACAUAAAAAAAUCGGACAAAAUUCUAAAAAAACGUUCUUAAGCUUUGAUGCGCGGCGUGCUCGCAUAUGUUUUUGGUGGGAAAGCGGGGAGGGGAUGGGACACGGGGGUUACGUGUUAUAGGGGUAGAGAUGCCAUGUAGUUUGCCAUGUUUAUUAUUCACCUACUGAAGCGUAAACAGUAAAACAAGUGAACCAUAAAUCCGUUCCCGACUACGUUCGAUCUAACCGGGGUAGCCGGUUCAAUGGUGGCUAAGGUAGCAAUCGCACUACUCUCUCACACACAGACACACACAAACACUACACUCUAUCCUACAUCCGCUCUCCCUUCUCUCCAACCCCCUCCCCUUCCCCUUAAAACCCCUCCUCGGAAUAAAAAAAUUGAGAUAUUAUAGUAACGAGUAACUUCAAUAGAAUUCUUAAUCAGAUUAAUUUAUUAUUCAUAUAUUUUUUCUAUAAAAUAAUGGAAAGCGGUUCACGUAUUGCUCUUUAUAGAUUCUAAUCCAGCAAAAACAAAAACAAAACAAACCAAAAAAAAACAAUACGCAAAGAUGAACGCGACUAGAAAAAUAAUAAUAAUUAAUGCAAAGAAAAACUCGAAAUCGGAAUAAGAGAAAGAAAACAGCACAUAGUGACACAAAUUAUUAAUGAAAGUGUAACAGAGCUAGGCGAAAAUAGGAGUGCGAAGCAGAAGAAAACAAAACAAAAACAUAUUUGCAUGCAGGCGGCACAGAAAUCGUUUAUAGUUACAAGAGAACAAAACACACAUACACACGGAGAGACACUUACAUAUACACACAAAAACGGACAGUGAGGUACUAGUAGAAUAUCGCACAUAGCGACCUUUCAGACAAGGAAACGUAAUAAAAUCCUAGUCCCCCUCCAUCCAUCCAUUACAACAGUAGCAUCAAACAAUCCCUGAAGCAAAAGGACUUAAACACACACACACACAUACAAAUACACACAAGACACAAUUACACAGGAAAGGCAGGAAAAAAACCUAAAAUAAGAAGUAUGGAAGCAAAUCGAAACUAAUACGCAGAAGAAGUUAUGCAAAGCAGAAAGAAGAAAACAACCGAAAAAAAAUGAAGAAAUCAACAAGGCGUGUGUAAGCUUAUAUCGUAUAAUGAAUCUAGGCGUUUAGUGAAAGAAAAACCGCAAACUCUGAAGAAACAAAACAAAACCACACCGGAAAAAAAAGGUAAACCAAUGAGAGGAAACAAACCAAACAGCAACAGCAAAAGCAAACGAAAAUACCUAGAAAAAGAAACCAAAAGUAAAGUGCAAAACGGGUUUUUGCAAAAGUAAAGAAAAGAAACGAAAAACAAAAAGUCACACAUACACAUGUUUGAAGAAAAAGUGCUGCCAUCCCAAUUGUUGCGUCCUUUUUAGUACACUACGAAUUACUCUCACUUGGCCUCCAUCGGAUACUCACCCGUAUGGAAGAGGAGGAAGGGGAGCGGAGGAGGAGGGGGGGGGGGGUGGGGGAAGAUGAAGUGGGUGGCGGGAGAGGUGAAAGAGAGAAAGCGAGCGAGAGCGAGAGAGAGAGAAGAGAUUUGGCAGUGAAAAAAAAGCCAACUACUAGCAAAUCAACUGUCAUCAGGCACAGCCAUUUUAGUAAACAAGCUAAGUAGAUCGCAAACACACACAAAACAAACAAAAGCACAUCGAAACAGUACGAACAACCGGGAAACCCUUAUCUCUCUCGCUAUCUGCUCCGCCUAUCCUUCCUACUUCUUUCAUUUUGAAAUAUCUCUCUUUAUCUCUCUCUCUAUCCCUCUCUUUCGCUACCUUUCUCUCUUUCUCUCUCUCUCUGCUUAUCUCUAUCUCUAUCUAACUCUCACGCACACUUACACAUCCUUCUCUUUUCUUUCUCACUGUUCUCUAUAGCUCUCUCUCUCGCUAUCUCUCUAUCUGUCGGUCUGUCUGACUCUCUUUCUCUACUUCCUUGUCAGAUUUUUUUUCGUCCUUUUUCUCACUCGGUUUCUCUCUCUCUCUUUUACACGAACGCUCCUACCUACAACUAUCAAAACAAAAUCAAGACGCACACUAUUUUCUUUCCGUGAGACCUUACUUCGUACAUCAUUCGUUUAUUCGUGUAUCUGGUUCGGUUUUUUCGUAUUCCUUGUGUUUCUUGGAUUGAUUUAAGGUUUCGUUUGUGUUUUUUGUAUUUUGUCGUCUUUUUUCGCUUAUUUUUCGCUGUUUUUACUGGUUUGCUAUGUUUUUCUUACGCCUUGUUCCGGUUUUCAGUUUUUUUCCACUGUUUUCGUUUUAUGAAUGAUUAAUAUCACAGUACUUGUGUUUUUUUUUCUGUUCGGCGUUUUUCUAUUCUUUUUUCAUAUAUCACUUCUAUUGACUUUAUGAUUAUGCAAUUAUGACGUUAGACGUUUAAAUUUUGAUGGUAAAACACAACUCCAACAACGCAUCCUAGUGGACGCACCUCACCUCACCGCUGACUGACGCCGACGCGCCUGGCUAAAGAGCCAUCCAAACUCCGGGCGGACAACUGAAACAUCUCAAAAAACGUCCCUUGCUUCAAGCAUGAGCAUAAGGUUGUACGGUUGUAUCACCUGUUCUCUCCGCUUCAUCUACAUCGAAAACGCUCAACCAAAAUCCAAAUGUCAAUUAACACCGAACAACCACGACGCUUUCGAUGCAGACUGUGUGGCUGGGAUAUUUUUUGGUCAGUCACCUUCGGAACGAUUGCGACAGUAAAACCGACACUGCUGCCUCGUCCUCGCCAUAUUUUUUUGUGGUUUUUUUUAUUGUGAUUUUUACUUUCACAAAGUCUUGCUAACAAAAAGUUUGUUCAUUUAUGCCAAACAUCAUGCCGAAGAGUUAUUGCCGUUCGUGCCGAUACCAUAUGCCGUUCGAUGCGAUUCCCAGACCCAGGCCGAUGAUCGAACCGAUGCAAAACUGUGCCGUGUAGCCACACACACACACGCACGCAACAACUAUCUGACCUCACACGAACCUUACAACUUUGGACUAGUAUCUGGGAGUAAACCGUAUUCACAGAAAUCAGAAAUACACAGAGACGACACCCGCAGCGUACGGAGACGUAAAAGAGAGAAAGGCUGCAUGCGCAUUAAACAAAACAAUUGUCUACUUAAAUACAACAAGAACAGUGUCAAACAAAAACCACAGAAAAGAGAGAAACAUCCUUACGAUCUAGUGAGCUAGUAGAGAAAGAGCCAGCCGAGACCAUUUCCACCUAGACCAGUGCAAACUUCGAAACAAAAAAGAGGAAGUUAAGCAAAACACUGCAGAGAGAGAAAAAGGAGAGAAAAUAUGCAAGGAAACAAGAACACCAAAAUAAGAAAAAAAUAAAAGCAAAAAAAAGCUAAAGAAGAGGAAUGCUAAUAAAAGUAAAGUGUAGCAAAAACUAAAUAAAGCAACAGUGUCGUUUUAAUUGGAAAAUUGGAUAAAACAAUACGAAAAACAUCUAAUCGUUGUGGAUAACUUUGCCAAAAAAGCAGUAAAAAACAACACAACAAAUGAGAUAGAAAGAGAGAGAGAGUAACAAAAAGAGAGAGAGAAAGCAAAAGAGAGAAAGUGAGAGAUGCUAUAGAGAGAGAGUAGGCUAGUGUGUGAGAGUGAACGAGUGAGAGGAAUAAAGCAGGAGAGCGCGCGGUGCGAGUAAAAGAGUGCGAGUGAGAUAGUGAAAAAUAACCAAAGAAAAAAAUUGUAAACUUAACGAUAUUCAUUACUCAUUUGACUAAGAACGAGAGCUCUCGAGUUUUGCCGUUUAAACAAAACCAGAAAUGAAACAAAAAAAAACCCAAAAAAAAAACAAACAAACGUCUUUUGCUAAAGCACUGGAUAUAAUUAACAAGCAAGCAAGCAAACAAAACAAAAAAAGAAGCGAAAACGAAACAAAAUGCAUAUAAAUAUCGGCAGUUAGCACACAUGCGCUCGGCAAACAAACAAAAAAUGAGGGGGAUAAACGAAUGUUACUAACCUUUUUCGAAAAUCUUAGCCUAUGGGAACCCCCGACAUUUGGUUUUCUGUUUUCUAUAUAGUUUGUUUUUGUCUAUCCCUGCAAACAAAGAAAGAAAGAAUAAAUCACACUAAACAGCGCUGCUAGGCUAGAGACUACUUUGUGCAACAGCAAAGCAAUAGUGAAGGCUGCACACAUACGACACGCUCACACACACACACAUACUUACACAUUGAACAAAUUACAGGCGUUAGCAGCUAAAUAACAAAUACUCUCUCACACUUACACACACAAACUCACCCACACACAAACUCACCCACACACACACCCAUACAUCCGGUUGCUAGGAAUGAGCACGUUUGCAACCAAACCAAAUACUGCACGCGAAAGUGUGUGUAUGUGUGUGUGUGGGCGUGUGUAAGCGUAGUGCAAGGGGUUGCAGGUGAAGGGAGAACGGUGUAGAAACGUAAGAUUUACCUUUUUAGAUAGUCCUUUAACAAAACAAAACUAAUAAACAACCAAAGCAAAACGAACAACAAACAAAACAAAAAAAACGCAACACGAUAUGCUAAAGAAUUACUCCAGAACAACAAAAAGCAAAAUCAGCCAUCUUAUCGUCUAUUUCGACCAAACAAAAUAAAACUUUAAAUCCAAGAGACAAAAACAAAAAUCUUUUUCUUUGCUGCUGUUACGAUUUUCUGAUUUCUUACUGUUUUUUUGUUGUCCCACUAUCAAGACUAAACCGUCGAUGCGCUUUGAUGGUAUGUGUGGUUUUUGGUUCGUUUUGUUCCCAGGUACCCAUUCUCAUAUUGUACUCAAUUUUCUACUCAUUAAAGACCAAUCUAAGGGGCAUUCGGUUCCGUACUAGGCAAUAGCAGAGAGCGAGAGAGAGAGAGCGAGAGAGAGCAGCAGCAGCAGCAGCAGCAAGAGCGUAUACAGUGUAUAGCGUUGGAAAAACGAAACAAAACCAAACAACAAGACAACCCCUUCCCUCCCCAAUUUCUGUGACGUGUGUCAGACGGCGGAAGGAGUGUAGAAAAUAUGUCCAAAACAAAAACCAAGCAAACAAAAAACGUGGUAAGCAACAACAAAAAAACAAACAAACGCAACUCGUAGCGAAAACAAAUGAGAAACAAAUGAAUCAAACUAAAAACAAACCAAACUAACAAUUACAAACCAAACAAAACAAAAAAAAAACAAAACCUUUUAGCUUGUAAGUUUAUCGCCACAUCAGCUUCUGUUAGUUAGCCCUUCGUGUAGAAAUGAGAUGAUAAAGUGCGAGCGAAACCAAAAACCAAAAAAAAAAAUAGAACGAAAGACCGAAAAACCAAAGCGUAUGAAAGAGUGAAACUUCUCUGGCACUGACACAAACGACACACAAACACAUACAUACACACACAGCACUGACAAACGACUUGUCCAAAAGAGGAAGAAGAUGAAGAAACCCAUAAUCAGCCAAUAUAGGUGUAAUGAGAGAGAGAGAGAGAGAGAGAGAGAGAGCGAGAACGAGACACACACACACACGUAAGAACUCAUUACGAGAAAAAAACAAACUUUUUUCCUGCUUCCUUAAACGUUUCUUAGAGUGAUUGCAGGCUUGUAGCGAACAGCGAACUAACAAAACUCAAACCCGCAACAAGAAAAAAAAAAGAAAAAGAAUGACAAGAAAAGUAAAACUAUCCAACUCUUAAGCCCGCGUAAAUGAUGCUAAUGUUUUCUUGUAGUAGCACCUGAUUCUCGAAAAAGAAAGGACAACAGGAAGAAGAUAAAACAAUAAAGAAAACACACAUACACACACCACACCAGUUCGAGUAAGUACAGUGGUAAAGAGUAGGGAACGAGGGGUGGAUAAAAGAGAAGAGCAAAACGGAAGGCGAGGGGUUGGGAUAGAUAAGAUCAGGGACGCGGGAAACCUACAGUAGAUAAAACAAAAACUCAAGCAAAUGCAGCAUAUAAGGCAGCCAAGCGGCCGUGCGGCCAGCAGCUAAAAACUCGAGAUGAAAAUAAAACUAAGCAACAGCAACCAACAAAAAAAAAAACACGUAAGAAGCUAAGCAUGUAUGGUAAAAGGGCCACGGGUCGUAAUGGCAUAUUUAGUAGUAUGAAGAGGACAAAAAACACAUACACACAGACACAACACAGAAUAUGCUUGGUACCAAAUGCAACAAUACAAGAGAAUCGUAACGUUAGCUGAUGCGAACAAAAAAAAACACUGGAGGGAAAAAGAAAAAGAUAGAGAGAGAGAGAGAGCUAGAUGCGAAUAAAAUGAAAAAAAUGAGAAAAGGCAGCGAAGUUGCGUCUAUACAUAUAUAUAAAUAUACAUAUAAUAUAAGCGAUGAGAUAUCGAAACAGUGUCGAAACGUGGCGUUUCGGAUGCUAACAGGUCAGACCGCAUAGUCUAAAACUAAACCAACAACCAAACCAAAAUGAAUAAAAAAAUCGAAAAGAAAGCAAAAAAAAAAACAUACACACACACAUAUUUCCCAAAUCUGCAAUUAUUAUCUUUAAAAACAAACAAACAAAAAACACAAAAAUCGCGUAACGAUUAAACCGCCCCCUCCUAAGAAGGAAAACAUAAAGAUUAAAGAGGAAGAAGAAAGAAGAAGAAGAAAACAAAACAAACGCAAAACAUUAGGAGCCAGAACAUGCAAACAAAACUUAAUAAGCAAGAGUAGGAGUAAAGUAGUUCGCAGACGCAAAUCGAAACGAGUGAAAGAAACAGAAAGAGAGAGAGAGACAGAGAGAGAGUAAAUUCGCUAAUCGACAGUUAAAAAAAGAGCGGUUUAGCGAUUGCGAAUAACAGAUAGAGAGAGAGAGCGAGAGAGAGAGAGAGGGUGUAAGAGUGAGAUGUGCAGUGUAAGCGAGAAGAUUAUACAGUGAGGCAAGAAAGAAAAAGAACAAGUAACAUAGAAUUAAGCAAAACCCCUUUCCCGAAUUUCUUCCUCUUUUGGAUAGUGUAAUGAACGAUUAUGAAACCAAUGUUGCAAAAUGGAAGCGGUAGGGCGAACGCUGUAGUUAAACAUAAAACAACAAAACAACAAAAAAAGCAAGAAAACAAAUGCGAAGCUGAACUACAAAACAAAGUAACGCAGAAGAAAUAAUAAUAAUAAUAAUAAUAAUAAUAAUAAAUAAUAAUAAUAAUAAUAAAUACUAAUAAUAACUAGUACUAACAAUAACAUUAAAACAUGAAGCAAGGUGAAGAAUACGAUAAACACAGCGAGCGAGAAAGAAGGAUAGACGCAGCAGAACGAAUAACGAAAAAAAAGGAAGAGAAAAAGGGAAACAUACACACACAGCAAGCAGUGAACCAAAAUUCUUAUGAUUAAAACAAAAAAAAUGUAAGCUUAACUAAACAAAAAGAAAACAUUUUAAAUAAGCAAAUAUCCCUUUAAAGGAAGAAGAAGUAGAAGACACACAAAAAAUGCAACCGAAAACAAAAGCAAGUAAGGGAGAAGGGGAUAAAGGCAGGCUCGUAAAAUAGCGAACAGCAACAAAAAAUCUAGUAUUAGACAAGCUCACACACACACACAAACGAAGACAAAACAUAGCAAAAAAACACACACACACACAUACACACCGACAUACACGAAAAUAGAAAAUGUCGCUCCCAUAGCAGAAGCAGAAUCGAGUUAAAGCUACAAUAAAAAGCCAGCACCUUAAAUAAGUUAAUACUAUUCGUCGAUGAACAGGAUGGAAAAUGCUUGUGAGUAAAACAGAGGCAACAUGAGCUGGAGCGAGAGAGAGAGAGAAAGCGAGUGAGUGAGAGCGAGCGAUCGUGCACUAGGGAAAGUAGAAUUUGAAAUAUCGAACAACCAAAGAAGCCAACCAAAGAGAUGCCACUGAUUGCCACUUCCACUGUCCAAAUAAAAUAAGCAUGCGAGAAAAGAGGUAAAAAGAGAUAAAAGAAAGAAGAAAGAGAAAGAGAGGGAGGGAGAGAGAGAGAGAGGCGGGUAAGAAAAAGUGAGAAAGAAAAAUCAUAGAAAGAGAGAGACAAGCCACUACUGUAGCAUGAAGCACUAAGCAACAGCUUGACAGAUGACGCAAGUUAAUUAAAUUAUUGUGUUUUUAUAUUUCCCGUUUCUAUUUUUUGUUUUUCUCAUUUUUUUAAUCAUUUGUCAAAUUUCCCAAUUUAGUUUUUGUUAAUUUUUCUUUCCUUAUUCGUUUAUCUCUAUUUUUCUCACUCUCAUUAUCAUCCUGUUCACUCAAAAGAAAUUGCAUAUGCUGUACAUUUAUUUUCUCUUCCUUACUGUACUGCCCGUUUCGUUACACGCACACAAAUGCAAUUGGAAGAGACAAAAAAAAGAAAGUAAGAUAUUAUGUAGCAAAACUAACAUCAAAAAUAUAAACAACAGAAGAUAAGACAAGAACAAGAAGAAAGAUUAAAAGUAAAAAGAGAAAAGGGCGAAAGUGUGUAAGUGUAGAAGAAGUAAAACGCGAAAGACAAAAACCUCACAUUGUGAUAAAAAAAAACAACAACCGGACCCCUUACAUGAGCUACACAAACACACACAUGUCAACAGGAAGUAAUUCCCAUUUAGAUAGCUUUCUCCUUCUACUUCGCUGUACUGUAUCCAAACGAUCUCCCCCACACUCACUCUCUUUCGGUCUCUUUCUCAUUCUCCCAUUCUCUUUCUUUCUUUCUCUCCCGCUCCCCCCCUUCCCUCUCUCUCUCUCUCACUCACUCUCUUUUCUCGUCAGGAUUAAUGGCUGUAAGAAAAAUAAAAAGUUAUAUAAAUAAAUCAAACACAACGGUGAUCAAAUUUACCGUAUCCCGCAUUAAAAGAGAGACGAAAAAAAAAUCACGCGCUGUUUGGAGAGAAAAAAACGACAGAAAAGAAAACUACAAAAAAAAGUCUGCUUGAAAGGAUAGACGAAAAAAAAGGGGAGGCAAAAACAAAACACUUAGAGUAAAAACAGACACAAACGAAGGAGAAAUCACCCAGACAGCAGUUACGGUUUUGUCCAAAAUGUUUUUUAAAAAGCUAUGCCGCGAUUAUUAGAAGAAACUACUCAACGCCUCCAUCCACUCGGUCGGGCUCGGGUCGGGCUUUAGGCACCGUUUGGGUGCCCGAGCUUACACACCUUUAAUCCCAGUUUUGCAUCCCCUCUCUUCUCGCCUGCCACCCUUUUCCCUCCAUUUUGACGUUUGUUGCCCACACCCCUACCCCCCCUCCCAUUAGUAGAGCUUAGUCGAGCAAAGCAAGAAACUAAUCCGCCAACCAGUGUUAGUACUUUCGUUCGUUUCGUGCGUGAAACCGUUUGAAAACGCAUACUCAAUUAUAGCGCCUGGGUUUUUGCAGCAAGAAGCAGAAGAAGAAAAAAAAACAAAACAGGCAACAAGAAACCACACACAGCUAAACAAAUAUAAGAAAUCAGGAGCGAAACGGAGCGGAAAACAAAACAUAAAACAAAACCAAAAAAAAAACGAUAACGAACAAGAAAAAAAGCUUUACUUAAUAAAAUUAAACUUCAUAUGUUGAAAACAAAACAACCGGUAAAGCGCCUAAUGUCUCUUCUGUUGUUUCUGGCUACACUGUGCAUUGUCCACCGUGCUUUCACACCACCGUCCGCACAACAUCUUUCAGUCACGCUUUCUCUCUCUCUCUUGAUCGCUCUUUCUCUCACUCAUUCUCUCGCUCGCGCACUAUGGAAAGAAAGCUUAAAUUUGCCAGUUGGGAAGUGCUGCUACUGGUAACGGGCGGCUAACGUUGCUGGCGUUUCGUCCAACCGCAUUCCCCUCCUUCGCAUGGUAAAAACCGGCCCCCGAAUCCUACCCCGCAAUACACGUCCCUCUUAAUCGCCCACUUUCCGUCCGAUAAAAUCCGGGUUGUGUCCUUUCGGUAGCGCCAUUUGAAGAAGAAAAAAAAUCAAACGAUCAUUAGACAUUUAGAAGCAUAGCCUGCGUGCCAUUUUGUGAAUCCGCUGAUCCACGGUUGAACAGUGUAAGUGAGGGAGGCCCGAUUUGCUUUCCCAUUCAUGGGUGGUUAGUUUUGUCUCCCUGUUGUUUUUAACUUCUUUUUUUUUUGUAUCGAAAACUUGUCGCUAUUUACCCCGCAUCCAAUUUUUGCGAGCAGAGCUUUGAAUAGUAAAACAAAAACAUACAACGUAUAUAGUACAUCUAUAGGUAUAUGAGAAACAAAAAACAAAUAUACAUAAAUAUAUUUAGCAAACGCAGAGCAAACGUGGAGCGCGCGCAGUGUGGAGCGGACUCGAUGACGGGUGUUCAACGCUCCAGUAAUCACGCUUAGUGCAAGAUUUAGAAUCGCUUUUUUUGAUAACGUAUACUAAGCGAUAGUACACGGGCAGGCAAGAAGUACGGGAGCGCCUUCACUAGCAAGAGGGAAAGAGUAAGAGAAAGAGAGAGAGAGACAGAGCGACAGAGAGAAAGAGAAAAAGAAAGAAAAGUUAAGAGAGAAAGCAAGAGUAAUAAAGAGAGAAUGAGAAAAACUGAGAAGAAAGAAACAAUGUGCGGAAAGGGAAAGAAGAAAACGAAUGUGAAAAAAAACAGAAAGAGAAAGUAAAAGAAAGCUAGCUCGCUUACCGCUACCAGAAGAAAAAGAAAACAAAUGCGUUAAUCAUAGAAGAAGAGAAGAGAGAAAUAUACGAUCCACGGUUCUGUUUCUGUCGAUUGGGAAUAAUACAGCGCAAACGUGAUAAAUAACGAAACAACAACUCGCAAAACAACAACAAAACAAAUACACACCCACACACAUGAACACAUUAGUAAAAAACAGCAUCAGCAAA